AUGAAAAUUUUUAAGGUUGCAAUUUUGUUGCUUUGGGUGUUGUUUGCCUCUUGUAGCCAAUUAGCAUUCAAUGUUGAAGCAAGAGCUUCAUCACAUUCUGAUAGAGAAAUAGAAGCUAAAUUGAAACUCCUCAACAAGCCUGCUGUAAAAACCAUCAAGAGUGAAGAUGGUGAUAUUAUUGACUGCAUCGAUAUCUACAAACAACCUGCUUUCGACCAUCCUGCGUUGAAAGAUCACACUAUUCAGAAAAUCCCUGAAUUCUUUCUAGGAUCCCAAAACUUGAGCACUUUCCAAGCGUUUCAGACUUGGCAGAAAAGUGGAAGUUGUCCUGAAGGAACUAUCCCCAUUCGAAGAAUUCGUGAAGAGGACCUACUAAGAGCAAAAUCUCUAGAUCAAUUUGGACGAAAACCCCCAAUACAUUUCGUAAAAUCAACAAACACCACAAACUCCAAUUCCCGUAUAUUCAAUGGCUCUGACGUAUACAUUCCAGAAAACCGCUCGAAAGCAUAUCUUGAGACUGUGGGAUACAACUUCAUAGGUGCAGAAGCAGAUAUUAACGUUUGGAAUCCAAGGGUUGAUCUUCCAGAUGAUUUCACCACUGCUCAAAUUUGGCUUAAGGCAGGAAAUGGUCCUCAAUUUUUUGAAAGCGUCGAAGCAGGCUGGGUGGUGAAUCCAAAGUUGUAUGGUGACAAUAGCACUCGACUCUUUGCUUACUGGACUACAGAUUCAUACAAGUCAACAGGUUGCUUUGAUGUUACUUGCCCUGGGUUUGUGCAUACAGGCCAAGUAGCACUUGGUAUUGCCAUAAAACCAAUUUCACAUUCACGUGGAUCACAAUAUGAUAUCAACGUUGGAAUGUUCUGGGAUGAAGCGGGGAACUGGUGGCUUAAAGUUGGCAAGAAUAUGCCUGUGGGUUAUUGGCCUGCGAAAUUAUUUGGUGCCACAGGGUUGAGGCACAGUGCCUUAUUAGUUGAGUGGGGUGGACAGGUGCAUAGUACGAUGGUGAAGAAAAACCCUCACACGAGAACAGCCAUGGGGAGUGGUGAUGUUGCACAACAUCGUUGGGGAGAGGCAUGCUUCAUGCGCAAUUUGAGAAUUAAGGAUUACUCACAACAACUUAAGUACCCUGCAAUUAUAAACACAAGGGCUGAAGAACCAUAUUGUUACAGUGUCGACAAUGAUGUCAAAGAUGGACAAGAACCGAUAUUCUAUUUUGGAGGGCCUGGACAACAAUCUCCUUAUUGUCCUUAA